GUGACGCUACAUACAAACAAGAAACAGUACGCUUGUGAUUAAAGCCGGAUGGUUGAAACUACGUGGAUUUCCCCCCACUAACCCACUUUUUCAUCAUGUCUCAGGAUCCCUGGAUACAGAAUUAUGAUGCCACUUGUCGCUUGGCACAGGAAAUCGCAGAAAACAUUCAUGAACGAAACAGGCAGCAGAGAACAGGCGGGAACCCUGCAAAGAUCAACAUGACUCUGCGGGCAUCGCUGCAAAAGCUCAAACAAAACAUCGCACAGCUCAAAGAUGGUGUGUUAAGAGCAUCAUCAUCUCGGCACAUCAUGCAGUCAGAAGCUGAUAGGAGGCAGAAUCUGGUUGAUGAUCUGGUAACAAGAGAGAAGCAUCUCAAUGCCACCUUCAAGGGAGACACCACAGAGCCUGAGCCGUCCAGGUCAUCACUGAUGGCUGAAGGGGCAGGAGGAAGUCGAGGCACUGCAAACCCCUGGCUGAUCAAUGAGACAGAUGAGACCAGAGGGCUGAGUUUUGGAGAGAUCAAACAGCAGCAACAACGAAUCAUUGACGCUCAGGAUGCAGGCUUGGAUGCACUAGCAGCCGUCAUCAGUCGACAGAAAUUGAUGGGCCAGGAGAUCGGCAAUGAGCUGGAUGAACAGAACGAAAUCAUAGACGACCUUGCACAUCUCGUGGACAAGACAGACGACAGGAUUCGAAAUGAAACACGAAGGGUGAAGUUGGUGGAGACAAAGUCAGCCUCUUGUGGUAUGAUGGUGGUGAUCGUUCUGCUUCUCAUAGCCAUUGUAGUGAUUGCUGCCUGGCCAGUGUAGCUGAAGAGCACAGGGUUGGACAUGGACACGGCAUUACAACAGUUUGGUGCAGAAUCCUGGUUUUAAACCUUUUGCAUAGACAGUGUGCACAUGUAUAUACAUUCAUUUAAAGAUUUUAUUUCCUACUCUUUUCUUUACAUGGAGUGAUUUCUUAACUAAGGUAGUGUGAAAAAAAGUCUUUUAGCAGCACAGGUACAUUCACUGGUUGGAUGAAAGGCAAAUAUGCUUCUGUGUUUGUCUUUUAUAAUUUUAAGUGACUAACUCAGCACACUGACAAUGUAUUAAAUUAUUUGGAGGUUUAUAAACCCUUUGAAAAUACUGUGAGCCUGGACUGAUGUGAAUGUUGACCCACUAGCGGGACCUCCCGUAGCAGCAGCAGGAGCUUUCCUCUCAUAAGUCUGUCUGUGGUCUGGCUGAGGCUCACUUAUUCUGCAAGCUUUGCAAUCUUCACACUCACUUAUAUUUAGCCAUGCAUUACUGUAGCAGCUGUAAUGUUAUCAUUUGUGUUGGGUUUUUAUAAUGUUUAUAGAAUCGCUCUCAGCCAAAACAAACAGCUCGGCUGUGUUACUAACACGGCUCUUUUCCUUCAUUGUAAAUCAAUUCAGCUUGUAAUUUCUAAUAAAUGACAUAUCCAGUUAAAA